UCCCGUAUUAUCUACAAUCUUAAGUGCAUUAUUUACGUUGCCCAUCGCGUGUGCUUCCCGAAUAAGUUUGAUGUCGACUCGCGAAUUCUAACCGGGCAUCAUCUCCAUCAUCAUCCGACGAGUGAAACAAGCAAGCAGACAAAAGAAGCCGCUUUUCUGCGAGUGAACGUUUGGCGUUGCAAGCCGGGACAGAAAAUUGGUGUUUUUUGCAGUGAAUUUGCGGAAAUUAGUGCUUUUAGUUGGUGAAAUUAUUGCCUGUCGGUGAUCGUUUCGGUGUUGGUGUUGGAAUUGAUUUUGGUUUUCUCUGGCGGGUGCUCUGGUCUCUGGUCGUCACGGAGGCGCACCGGUUUUUAGUGCGGCUUAAUGUCUAGUGGUGAAUUUCGUGACAGUUCCGCCGUCGAUCCCCCAGCCGCCAAAAAGCGGAAACUGCCUUCAUCGCCUUCGUCUUCGUCGUCGUUGUCGACUCCCCUCACUGCAGCAGCAGCCGCAGUAGCAGCCGAACAGCAGAAGCAGCAACAACAACACAAACUAGAAGAAGAAGACUCAGCAGUAGCAGUUGUAAUGGCGACGGCAAACAACAAUGGAUCGGCACCGUUCGAAGGUUCUGCGGGCCAGGAUAUUGACGAAGGCCUGUAUUCGCGGCAGCUCUACGUUCUGGGACACGAUGCGAUGCGUCGGAUGGCACGGUCCGAUGUGCUGAUCUCGGGCCUCGGCGGAUUGGGCGUGGAAAUUGCGAAAAACGUAAUCCUCGGUGGUGUGAAAUCUGUCACUUUGCAUGACAAAGCGCUUUGCUCGCUGGCGGAUCUGUCAUCGCAGUUCUACCUUACGGCGGAAGAUGUUGGACGGAACCGUGCCGAGGUUAGCUGCCGCCAAUUGGCCGAGCUGAACAACUAUGUGCCUACCACUGCGUAUACGGAAGAACUCACCGAGGACUUUCUUCGCAAGUUCCGGGUGGUGGUACUAACUUUGACACCCCCCGCGGAACAGCAUCGGAUUGCGGAGAUAACCCAUCGGAACAACAUUGCCCUGAUUACGGCCGAUACCCGGGGCUUGUUUUCGCAAAUUUUCUGUGACUUUGGAAAGGAUUUCACCGUGUACGACCCGACCGGAGCCAACCCAGGCUCGGCCAUGGUCGCUAGCAUUACCAGCGAUGUGGACAGUAUUGUGACCUGUUUGGAUGAGAACCGUCACGGAUUCGAGGAUGGCGAUUACGUUACCUUCACCGAGAUCGAGGGUAUGACCGAGCUCAACGGAUCCGAUCCUAUCAAGAUCAAGGUCCUGGGACCGUACACGUUCAGCGUGGGCGACACCACCAAGUUCAGUCCAUACGUGCGCGGUGGAAUCGUCACCCAGGUCAAGAUGCCCAAGCAGAUGACCUUCAAGCCCCUGGCCGAAGCGGAAAAUGCCCCGGAAUUCAUCAUGGCAGACUACGCCAAGUGGGACCAUCCGCAGAAUACGCAACUGGCAUUCACUGUGCUGAGCCGAUACCAGGACAAGCACGGCCGUUUGCCACGUCCAUGGAAUGCGGACGAUGCUACUGAGUUUGUGGAACUGUGCAAGGAACGUGCCAAGGAGCUGAAGAUUGAAGAAGUUAACGAGACCAUGUUGAUCACAUUUGCCAAGGUCUGUGCCGGUGAUCUCUGUCCGAUGAAUGGAGCCAUUGGUGGCAUUUCCGCGCAGGAAGUGAUGAAGGCUUGCACGGGCAAGUUUACGCCGCUCUAUCAGUACUUCUGCUUCGACGCCGUUGAAUGCUUGCCGGAUGGUGGCGUUCCCGAGGAGGAAUGCCAACCAAUUGGAUCUCGUUAUGAUGCUCAGAUUGCCGUCUUUGGACGUAAGUUCCAGGAUGUUCUCGGCAAGUUGAAGUACUUUAUUGUGGGAGCUGGUGCAAUCGGAUGUGAACUGUUGAAAAACUUUGCCAUGAUGGGUGUGGCCGCCAAGAAGGAGGGAGAAAUCAUCGUCACCGAUAUGGAUCUGAUCGAGAAGAGUAAUCUGAACCGUCAGUUCCUGUUCCGGCCGCAUGACGUCCAGCAGCCCAAAGCAAGCGUCGCGGCCAAGGCUGUCAAGUACAUGAACGCCGACAUCAAUGUAACCGCUCAUGAAAAUCGCGUCGGUCCCGAAACGGAAAAGGUCUACGAUGACAAGUUCUUCGAACGGUUGGAUGGUGUGGCUAAUGCGCUGGAUAAUAUUGAUGCCCGUAUCUAUAUGGACCGUCGCUGCGUGUACUACCGGAAGCCUCUGCUGGAAUCGGGUACACUCGGUACGAUGGGUAAUAUUCAGAUCGUCGCACCGUUUCUCACGGAAUCCUACAGCUCGUCGCAGGAUCCCCCGGAGAAGUCGAUUCCCAUUUGCACGCUGAAGAACUUCCCGAACGCAAUCGAGCACACCCUGCAGUGGGCUCGCGACAUGUUCGAAGGUAUCUUCAAACAGUCGGCCGCCAACGCCGCUCAGUACGUCUCCGAUCCGACAUUCAUCGAUCGUACGCUCAAGUUGCCGGGUGUGCAACCGUUGGAGGUAUUGGAAUCGGUUAAGACGGCACUGAUCGACGAGAGACCGAAGUGCAUCGAGGACUGUGUCAAAUGGGCUCGGAUCCAUUUCCAGGAGCAGUAUUCCAACCAGAUCAGCCAGCUGCUGUUCAACUUCCCGCCGGAUCAGCAAACCUCCACCGGACAGCCCUUCUGGUCCGGUCCCAAGCGUUGCCCGGAGGCGAUCCCAUUCGAUGCGGAAAAUCCGCUGCAUUUUGACUACGUCUUUGCAACGGCAAACUUGCGUGCCGAGGUGUAUGGUAUCCCACAGCUGCGCGACCGCACCGCUGUCGCCGCGCUGGUGAAGAAGGUUCAGGUCCCAAAGUUCGUUCCGCGGUCGGGUGUCAAGAUUGCCGUCACGGAUGCCGCCAUGCAGGCGGAAGCCAAUGGAGCGUCCGGCGAAGAGCUCGAUCAGGACCGCAUCACCAGGCUACAGAAGGAGCUUGCCUCGUUGGGCCGUCUGGACUUCACCAUCACUCCGCUGGAGUUCGAAAAGGACGACGAUUCCAAUCUGCACAUGGACUUCAUCGUGGCUGCCUCGAAUCUGCGUGCUGCCAACUACAAGAUUCCACCGGCCGAUCGCCAUAAGUCCAAGCUGAUUGCCGGCAAGAUCAUGCCAGCCAUUGCCACCACCACCUCGCUGGUUGCCGGCUGCGUUUCGCUGGAGCUGUACAAGCUUGCUCAAGGAUUCAACACAUUGGAUCGCUUUAAGAAUGGUUUCCUCAACUUGGCCUUGCCGUUCUUCACCUUCUCGGAGCCGAUCCCGGCCAAGAAGCAGACCUACUACGACAAGGACUGGACACUGUGGGAUCGCUUCGAGGUGCGUGGCGAGCUGACCCUGAAGGAGUUCCUGGACUACUUUGAGCGUGAGCACAAGCUGCAGAUUACGAUGCUCUCGCAGGGCGUUUGCAUGCUAUACGCUUUCUUCAUGGCCAAGGACAAGAAGACAGAACGGUUGGCCCUCACCAUGACCGAAGUAGUGAGGCGCGUCUCGAAGAAGAACAUCGAACCGCAUGUCCGUGCGCUCGUGUUCGAAAUUUGCUGCAACGACGACGACGGAAACGAUGUGGAAAUUCCCUACGUGCGUUACGUUUUACCCUAGAGCCGCGAGCCGUAGACUAGCUUUACUUCUUAGGGAAAAAUGAUAACAGAAAUAAAUACAGACAAACACACACACACAUACACACAUACACUUGUACACCUCUUCACUCACACGCAUACUUUUGAGAGAGCGAGAGAGAAAGCGUUUAAACAAAACUAACACUGACACAAACACGCGUACACCUAACACACAUGAGCAUAUUAUUAACAUUGUGAGACUUUUGAAGGUAAUUGAAUCAGCUAUUUAAAAUAGAAGUGGAUAGUAAAACAAAACAUCAACGUGGGUUCACUAGUUGGACAUGCUUUCGAGUGCGUUAUGUGCUUCAGAAAUGUGAGAAUUUAAAAUUUAAAUAAUUCCCGUAACCCGUUGUUAAUCUUGGCCGGCCUCCGGGGGAAAUCCAACAGGAACGUAGGUAUUUAUCUUGAUUUUACUAUCUCCUCCCAGGCACCGUAGCAACCAGGAAUCAACAGCUUAAGUUUGACUGAAUGAAGGUUGAUCAGUUUUCAGCGUGAUAUAAAGUUGCUCUUUAAACCUAAUUAACUACACCCAUUAAACAAAUAUUUUCUAUGUUAAAUUAUUGUCGUCUUGUCUAGGAGCGUCAAAUCGACAAAAAAAAAAAAAUAGUGCGACCAUCGUUCACUGCAAUCGCUGCUGUCGUCUGUCGUUGUCCUACUAUCCUUUAAUAAAACUUUCAAAUGAUCUUCAAUUUCGUCGUAGAAUAUGACAACAACAAUAACAUCUUGUAUCGUACUACUAGAAAGUGUUUCGUGAUUUUUUUUUCCGUUUAGAUAAUAUUGAAACUAGAAUUUACCUGCACUGACUGACACCCGUGAUUGCAUUGCUGCACGCUCAGUGUCGAUGAAGGCAAACAAAAUCCCAAACUUAAUGAUUUUAGAGGGAAAAGCAUAGGAAAUCGGUGUUAAAUUGCAAAAUUGAGUGAAAGCAUUUCAAAUGCCGUUUGCUUACUUAGGUUAUAUCAUUUGGUAGAACGUGAAAAAACUAAUCAGUCUUGAAUUUAAACAACGUUAGGAAAGGUUUUUCCAUCGCACCUUGAGUUGUGGAAAAGUUUGAGGUUAAUUGACUUAUAUUGGUAAGAAAACGAAGAAGAAGUACAGAGAUUUAGUAGCCGUGCAUGGGAAGACAUACAAUAUGUAAUGCGGAUAACUUUGUCAAGUGACGUGGAGGAUCAUUGAUUUUUAAUCUAUAUGAGUUUCUAAUUGAAGGUAAAAAAAUAAAAAAAGAUCGAUUCUGAACAUCUUGAGUCAAGAGCAGAACAGAACAGAAAACAGAAGUAAUUGUAUUUGAGAAAUAAAUUAUGAUCAUGAAAUUAGUAAUUUA